AUGCCUCCACGAAGAGUUGUUAGAGGUCAUCCUUAUAGGCGUAAUAUUGAGGAGCAAGGGGUAUCUAAUGCACUUGAAGUGCAAGCCCAAGGAGAAGUUACUAAUGUUGAGUUCAGAGAGGUAAUAAGGAUAUUGAGUCAAGAUGUGACUAGUCGUGUUAGGCAACAUAUAGGAGCUAGAGAAGAAGGAACUGAUAAUUCAAGCAUUUGUGAGUUCUUGAGGAUGAAUCCUCCAAGCUUCACGAGUUCGAGCACAGUCGAGGAUGCAGAGAACUUUGUUGAUAAGCUGAACAAGGUUAAGGAAGAGAAGUUGAGGUAUAGAGAAGAAUUUAGAAAUAAGAAAGCUGAGACAGGGGAUGAGUCUUGGCAGCAGAAAGGUAAGUAUCGUGAUGGUCAGACAGGUUGCUUCAAGUGUGGACAUGAGGGCCACUUCAUGAAAGAAUAUCCAAAUAAUAGGCAAGGUAGUGAAAAUCAGGGCAAUAGAGCCCAAUCUUUAUCAGUUGCUCCACAUGACAGGACUGCACCUUGA